CAUCCUUUCAUCGUCGUUUCCCAACUUCCGCCAGGUGUCCGACUUUCAUCAUGGUUUUCCGUGGCGACCGGUUUAUUCUCAACCUUGACUCUGAUGAUGAUCAAGAAGAACUCCCACCCGCCUCGUCGGAGGGGGCCUCCACUCUCGCGAUUCCCGGGAUGAUCGGUGAGAUUCGUGAACGGUCCCCUGCCGCAAACCCCGCACCGCCGAUGCUCAAACCCACCACCACCGGCUUUCCCGCCCAUCGUCGGCGCAAUAAGCCAUCUGCUUUCAAACAGCGCCGAGCUCAGGACUCGUCAUCGUUCAUCGCAUCGUCCGCAGUUUCUUCGGACAUCCCCACCGAGAGGGACGAGAAGCAGGCCAUCGCGGAGCAGAACGACCGACAAUUGGCCGCGAUGUCGCAGGCACAAAUCCAACACGAACGUGAAGAGCUGCUCGAAUCUUUGGAUCCAUCUCUACUUGAGCGAUUCCUCCGUCGAGCCCGUAUCGAUGACGCUGAUUCUACCCCUCCAUCCACGCAACCACCGCAACCACCGCAACCAUCAUCCAAGAACCAACAUCCUGAAAAACGAACCGAAGACCAUGCACAUAAUCCAACCACCCCUACCACCACCACCACCACCACACCACCACCAGCAGCAUUGAAGCAAGAUGUACAUGCCUCUAACCAGCAUCAAAAACCAUCCUCCUCAUUAUCCCCGCCGUCGCCAUCACCACCACCACCACCACCACCAGAAAACAACUCCGCAAUCGACGAUCUCCCACCCGCUCAACUGCCCUCCGACCUCCAUCCUGCUGCCGCAGCAUCUCUUCCCCUCUCCGGAGCCGUGCACUUUCCCACCGCCCCCUCCGCAUCGUCUAUGCCGAAUCUUGACCCUUCGUCCCCGAAUUUCCUCUCCGAUCUCCAAACGCACUACUUCCCCAACAUCGCCCACGACCCUUCCAGUCUCAGCUGGCUGCAACCUCCCUCCGCCUCCGACGAAGACCCCGACUCGAACUCCCCGUACCACCCCGCCAGUACCGCUCAGGCCAUCCACCCAGCUUACCUACGCUUCUCCUUGCUGGGCACCAUCCUGCCGCCGUCGACCUCAUUAUCACUUCCCACAAGUCUAGGAUUGCAUCACCACGGUAAAGACCCCCACGCAGCGGGGUACACGAUCCCCGAGCUGGCGAUCCUCAGUCGCUCGACAUUCGCCGCGCAGCGGUGCAUCGCGUGGCAGGUGCUGGGCCGCAUCUUGUUUCGACUAGGAAAGGGCCAGUUCGGUGAGAGAGGAACUCCGCUGGUUGAGGGAUUGUGGGCCACGAUCGAGAAGGAGGGAGUGGUCGCGGGCAUGUUGGCGGAAGCGGACGAUUCAGGAAAUACCGAGCGUUCCCCGAGACGGGAGCAGCAGCAGAAGGAGGAGGAGGAUAAGGAGGGAGAAGAAGAUAAGGUUACACCCGCCAAGGAGGCAAGUAGACGGCGACACCACGCCAGCGCUACCGCGUGGGCGGUGGAAGGAGUCUGGUUGUGGCAGAUGGGCGGAGGAGGGGAUCGGGGGAUUCUUAAAGAAGGCGCUGUUCGCUCUCAGUGACACCCCGGACUUCUCUUAUCACGGGAAUUAGGGGAUAAGAGGCGAAUUCAGCUUGGAACGGUAUGAACUCAACGAGUCUACGACGGCCUUCUCGUAAUAUACUGUAUAAAUCAAC